AUCUGUGGUUUUUCAUUUCUCAAUGAGUUUUGGGAGGGGUAGAAUGCGUGUGUAUUUCUGAUUCCGGAUUUAUGCUUUAAUUUAUUAUGUAUUGUCGUUAAAUAGUGUGUACGUUGUGGUAUUGCGAAAAUGUGUGUUGAAUGAACAGAUAUAUGUAGUGUUAAAUACUUUGCUCAGUUUCUUUCUAUUAUAUGGGCGUUGAUAAUCAUGCAAAAUGGCCAACGAUUUGUGGUCAUGUACCUGUUGUACGGAGGCUCUUACGUGUUGGUUGCGUCUAAAACUGUCGCCGGAGGAAAUAGAGCAGCGAUACAGGAGCAAAGAAAUAGAUAAAAUAUUAGAGAAGGAGAAGCAGACACUGCGACGACAGGUAAAACUAUUAUUGCUCGGUGCGGGUGAAAGCGGAAAGUCAACAUUCCUGAAACAGAUGAGGAUAAUACACAAAGUGAAGUUCGAGCCGGAACUGGUGCGCGAGUACCAGCAUGUGAUAUACCAGAACAUAGUGAAGGGGAUACAGGUGUUGGUGGACGCGCGGGAUAAGCUCGCCAUACCGUGGGAGAACCCGAGGAACUUGGACAUCGGGCAGCAGGCGCUGCACUUCAACAGCACGUCAUCACUGGACAGUCGGCUGUUCGUGCAUUACGCGCCGCACAUACACUCGCUGUGGUUAGACAGAGCCAUAAAGAGGGCCUAUGACAGGCGGAGAGAAUUUCAAUUGAGUGAUUCGGUGAGCUACUUCUUCGAUGAACUGGAGCGCAUUGCGAGACCUGACUACAUCCCCUCCCACCAAGACAUCCUGCACUGUCGGAAGGCCACGAAGGGCAUCACGGAAUGUACCAUCAACAUCAACAACGUGCCAUUUGUAUUUGUCGACGUGGGGGGGCAGCGGACACAGCGGCAGAAGUGGACGCAGUGCUUCGAUUCCGUCACGUCCAUACUCUUCCUCGUCUCCUCUUCAGAGUUCGACCAGGUCUUGUCGGAAGACAGGAAAACGAACCGCCUAGAAGAGGCGCUAAAUAUCUUCGACACGAUCGUGAACAACGUGAACUUCAAAGGCAUCUCCAUCAUCUUGUUCCUGAACAAGUCGGACCUGCUGGCGCGGAAGGUGGCGAGCAAGGAGACGGACAUCCGCUGGUUCUACCCGCAGUUCGCGGGAGAUCCGCACAACCUGCGCGACGUGCAGAUGUUCCUGCUCAACAUGUUCGCCAACGUGCGCCGCGAGCCCAAGACCACGCUCUACCACCACUUCACCACCGCCAUCGACACGCACAACAUCGAGGUCGUCUUCAACUCCGUCAAGGACACGAUCCUCAACCGCAACCUCGAAUCCCUCAUGCUGCAGUGACGGACCAAACAAACUGUAACGACGGAAUUGUAAAAUUGUGAUAUCUGGCAAUAUUCUGAUUUCGUGAUUCCACUUCGCGACUAUUUUCCAUUAUUGUGUUUUGUUUCUAUACUUUGCUAAACAGCAUAAUAGUGUAAAGCACGUUUGAAAAGACAAACAAUGUGAUGUUGAUGAAGGCCUAACGGUAUGUUAGAGCGGCUCUGUAUAAAUGUAAUAUGACAUGUAUUUAUUUACCGAACGUAUGGGGUUUGGUAAAACUAUGUACCUUAGUGUAACGUAUUGUAAUUAUAAAAUUUGUAUAUCAGUAUAUUUAUGACCAAAAAUGUAGAUUUUGCACGUGAUGGACUUAUUAUGAUCACUUUGAGAUAUGAACACGCGCGUCCGGGUCGGUCGGACGCGCCGUAGUGCAGUAUCGUAACACGCAACACGUAAGUGCGCAAUAUUGUAAACGUAGUGAAUUAGAUAAAGUGCGGUAAGCCAGGGGGAUUUUUGAACUUUUGCCGUUUUCUAUAACGUUUUCUUGAUGAUUGUAGAUUCUUUUGUACUGAUUACACUUUAAACCCGCUUGCGAUUGUAUUAGUGUUGUGGAUUGACGGUUUGAUUGGAGUACAUUAUUAAAAACAAUGCCAUGUAACCCCCAUUUAUGCAGUAAGUAUACAAUAAUAUCAAAAUUCCCUGUUGUAUCACAGCUUGAAGCCAUAGUUAGAGUUACUCCAAAGAAAUGGUCAGUCCUGUACACGUCGCAAGCAAUAGUCUCUCAAUGUAGCAGUGCCAAGUCGCAGCACGAGGGGAGUGGGUGCAGUGCCGGCUGCCGCUAUAUCAUAUAGAUGUAGUUACAAUGAGAUUGCUCUUAUAGGGUGCCACGAAGCAAAGGAACACCUUUGCGUUGGGAAGACUUUAUAUAAAUCCCUCCCGGGAGUAAAAAUGUAUAUAAAUAACCAUUGUUAGAGAAAUCGUUUAUAAUCUGUGAUUAAAAGUGUAAAAAGUAUUAGGCUGUAAACAGCAACGAAAUGUAAGAAAAUGCUUUUUGACGUUUGACACGGUUGACAUAAUGACGCUCAAAUUUUUUAAUUCAUUACGCUGACGUUGGUAUCUUUUGAGUCGGGUGUUCUCAUCGAGUAUUCCGUCCCUUGGCACAAUUUAAUGCAAAGACGUGUAAUCUCACUAUAGCUUCUACGUAUUUUUAAUUAUAAAAAUUUUUUGUACAAUAUACAAGAUAUAUUUUGAAGGCGGGCACAAAGGUGUACAACCUUUUUGAUAAUUUUAACGUGAAUUUUAUCUGCACUUGCUUUUGUACGUGAGAGGGAAUGAUCUGAUUUUAAUUAUUAUUUAAGUACAACGCAUAAUUUUCGAUCAUAAUAAUUAUACUCAUUUAGUUGUAAGUGUCAUAAGCUUUAGCAUAUUUAUUUUGAGAUCGUCUACAACUAUUGUUUAUUUACGUGAGAGUUUUAGAUACAAGUUAUCUAUUUAUUAUGUGUACAUUUUUAUGGCUGGUUUACUGAGGCUAAAUGUGUAAAUACCUCUUAACUUUAUUAUGUAUAUCGUUUCUUAGUAUUUUAGUUUUAAAAAUUUCGUUUAAUAUAAUGGUCUGAUCGGUUAGUAAUGAAUUACGGAUUUUAUUUCCAAUAUCAGUGAUAAAUUUGCAUUUAGUAGUGCCAUUGUGUGGUGCAAACAGUGUUGCCACUGGAAAAAAACAAGCCUAACAAUAUACUGUCAACACUGCCGCGUAAAAAGUCGUUGGAAUUUAAAAUAUCAUUUGAUUAUUAAUUAUUAAAGUAAUGUAAACUAUGUAACACAGUGCUAUUUUAUUAGAAUCGAUUUGUUUGACACAUUUUUGACAAUUUAGAAGUUUAUCAAGUUACUUGCAUUGAUGCCAAAGGUUGACUAACAUCUGAUGACGCGAGGGAAUGAUAUAUAACGUGUAUACAAUUGUUAGGUGCUCAGUAUUGGUAUCUGAUAGCAUGCUUAGUAAGGCCUGGCUUCUAAGGUAUUGUUCAUACUCGAAUACAUUAACAUUAGUCGUAAAUAUGACGUUUUAUAACGAGCCAUUUCACGGUUACUUAACCCAGUCCUUAGCAAUGGUUUUCGGAACAAAAUCGUUACUAAGGAAUAGUUUAAGUGAUCAUUAAAUGUCUCUGAGUGCGGCAAUCAAAGUAAUUUCAAGUUAAUUAUAAUACAAGAUGAUUCAUUUAAUUCUAAAUAUGAAUACAAUAUGGCAAUAAUAUAUUAUAUGUAGGAAAUGUUUUGAAUUCAAAUUUUAAUUCGAAAUAUACUAAAAGUACAGGUAAUAGUUAUGAGCAAACGAAGAACUCUUCAGUUUUAUCGAUAGUAGCACUCCUCGAUAAUUUUAUUAUUGCUAUAAGAUUAUUGUUUUAGGAGUGUAUGAGUCAAACAUUGCAGUUUUAGAUAACAACCGCAAAAAAAAAGAAAAACAAAUAAAUACCAAUAGCAUAAACACAGAUUGAUGUCACGGGACACCCGUGUUUUGCGACGCCUCUCUAAAACCGAGAUCGCGUUUGUCGUUCUGAUUGGGUGACUUGAAUAAAUCAACCAAUCAGAGCACCGAACGCCCUCUCGUUGCGAUUACUUUAAACGUAAAGCAAACUCAUACUAAGGGUACUGGUCCCCUAGGCACUUUCCUAGUUUGCUAUAGUCAUAAUAUGGCUGCAUAAAUAGAUUUUUCUUAGCGUUUAUACAAUUUCAGCUCAUUUCGCUGUUGACUCAAUUAACCGAUAUCUAUAAGAAGUCAGGCCUUGAAAAUGGAACACUACAACCCUAAUGACUGAUAUCUAUGUAUAAAAGUCUUCAUUGCACAUUAUUACGUAAACACUUAUCUUUAAGGUUCAAAAUUGCUUGGCAGAUGUUGGUUAUCGGAUAUGACUAAUGUUCGCGCAAUUUCUCAAAUAAUUGGACACUCUGAUUGUGGUACUAAACUAUACUCUGUUUUACUGUUUAAGAACUUAAGUUUCAAGGAUUUCAAAUACUUUAGUUCUUUUUUCUCUUUGAAACUGUUUUCUUAUUCUUGUGACGGUUAUUCUCAAUAACUUACGGUGAAUUUGUGUAUAAACGUCAAAGUCUAUUCGAUUUUCAACUAUCUUGAUUUGAUAUAAAGUCGAAUUUCCAUUAAACUGGGGAUUGUAUUUGGAUAUAUUUUGUCUUGCGUAUUUUGUUAUCUAUCUUUAGUAGCCAUGUGUUGACACGUAGGUUAUUGAAAACGUCCGUUAGUAUUUUUCUGUACUGUAUACAAUAAUUGUGAGUGUCUGGUUAGACCAAAGGUGACUACAAAACAAACUAUACUUUAAUGGAGUCUCAUUUUAGCAACAAUGGUUACUAGGACGCAUUUUAUUGAUUUUAAUACUUUUUUAACAUAUGCUACAAUUACCAGAUUUCUAAGAAAUAUAUUAUCAUGAAACUGCAAAUAAUAUUCGGCAAAUCGGUAAAAAUAAAAUGUUUACACAGCAUUUUACAACGUACCUAAUAACUUGGGAUAAAGAUAAUUUGUUAAAAAAAGUGUUAAAAAAUAUCGAAUCUCUAUCCAAUUUAUUUUAAACCUUAUGAACCUACCAAAUUAGGUAGAUAAUCUCAUACUAGAAACAGUAUAGUUUGAUGCGCAGUCACCUUUACUAUCUAUACGAUGAACUAAUAUUUUUGUGACCAAUAUCGAUAAAGAAUAACAACCUCUCAAUGAAGGCUUUUAUAGAGCAUAGCACGUCUGUAACCUAAAAACCACUUUAUGUCUUAGAUAUAAAGGUGGUUUUCGCAUUAAGGUGUAAUUCAGUAAUAUGAAAUGAAGGCUUUUAUACAGCAUAGCACGUCAGUAACCUAAAAACCACUUUAUAUCUUAGACAUAAGGAUGGUUUUCGCAUUAAGGUGUAAUUCAGUAAUAUGAAAUGAAGGCUUUUAUACAGCAUAGCACGCCUGUAACCUAAAAACCACUUUAUGUCUUAGAUAUAAGGAUGGUUUUCGCAUUAAGGUGUAAUUCAGUAAUAUGAACUGAUGUAGAGAUUUGAAAAGAUGUAUUAGUGAGGUGAAUGUGGGUCUCAAAUCGGUAGCGACUAAGUCAAGGUGUGAUUUAUACAAUGCUAUUGUAGUAACUGUUGCGUGGAAUAUUUAUUUGUACUGGUUUUCUAUCUUUAUUGGAUUUUCAAUCUUACGUUUUUGUGAUAAAGUUGAAAAUUGAUUAAAGAUUUUUGAGCUAAAAGUAUCUUUAUUGGAUUUUCAUUCUUAUGGUCUUGUAAUGGGGUUGAAAUCUGUUGAAUGAUUUUUGUUAAUAAUUUGUACCCUUACAGUAGCUUCAAUGAGUUGGACUGUGUAGUUUAUUAAGUUAGAUCCUUUAUAACUUUACGUUCUGUAAUGUAGAUCUGAAAAAUGAAUUGUUGAUUGAAUUUUCUAUUUUAAACCUAACUGUUCUAAUUAAAUUUUUCAAUGAUUUGAUUUAUGAAAUGUAACAUGUUAUGUGAAAUAUUGAAAAACAUUUGUAAACUUUUUUACUGCCUACUUAGACAUAGCAUUUGACGUUAUCGUAUUUGUCAGCAAUAUCUGCUCAAUUUUAAUAUAGUUUGAGCAAUAAUCACUCGUUCUCUUGAUGUUUGAAGCUCAAUUUUAGGUUAGUAACACAUCAUAGAGUUUGCCAUGUUAGAUUGUCUUUACAUAAACUACGAUUCAACGUUAAAUGUUAUGUCAAAUCAUUUCUAAUAUGUUAUCAAUGACUGUUUAUUUUUUUGCUCACCAGAUGUCGUUAUUGUAGAGUAAGGUCUUGUUUGUCCAAUUGAGAAUUAGCUGGUGUCACACCAUUGGACAUAAAAUUUUUGACAAAUAUAGAGAUUGGACAAGCGGACCACUCGCUACAUUAAACAUUUAAAGGUAAGCGUCCAAAUGCCCACAUCGUACGCAUUCCGUAUGACGUCAUCGGUAUGCUUCGCAUGUAGGCAUUGCCGACGCAGUACGCAGUACAAGACAAACUAAAAUCCGUUGCGUGCGAUGCGUCCGAUACAUACGUUGCGGGCCUGUGGACGCUUACCAAGCCAGACAUAUAGCGUUAUUAUGUAAUUUAUUUAAGCAAUAGUUAUUAUUGUAGGUUAUUAAAAAUGAAAUCUGUAAAACAAAGAAUGUUCCACGCAACAGCAGUAUAUAAGUAAGCUAUGGGUGCCAAUCGUUUUGUUCGAAAUAUCCACAAUGUAAGUAUAAAAUAGCAUCGUUAGGCCUAUGGAAUAUUUCGGUAGUUCGAAGCCCUAAGCCCGAAGCCCUAAAGCCCUAAGGAAGUGGUUGCUAAGUUAGUUGUAUGUUAUGAAUGUUAAAACAUAUGUUAGGAGUCGUUUUACACUCAUGUUAACGUAUGCUAGAGUGUUGACAAUAUCUUUUGGAAUUCCUCUAUAUUUUGUAUACAGCCCAAUAUUUAUUGUACAGUGUAAUAAAACACCAUGCAUGUAUA